GAAGACUAUCAAGACCAGGGACUGGAUAGGACCAGAGAGGCCUCCGACGUGCUGGCCCUCCCCUUCUUGGCGUAGCGCUUGGUCCCCUUUAGAUGGUCCUCCACCCAAUUCCGGAAUCGCCCAUCUAGCUGGUCCUCCUAUUCACCAUAGAGAGACACGAGUCAAGGUAGAGCGCCGCAUCGCGCCCAUGUGACGUCACGUAGGCGCCACUCGCUGAAGGCUUUCCCCGCCCAUCCUGGUUCUGUUCUCUCUUUCCGGACCUGCCUAAGGAGGAGGCGCCAUCAUGCUGUACAGGUUUCUGGCCAGGCGAACCAACUCCACCUUCAAUCAAGUUGUGCUGAAGAGGUUGUUCAUGAGUCGCAGCAACCGGCCACCUCUGUCCCUUUCCCGGAUGAUUCGGAAGAUGAAGCUUCCUGGCCGGGAGGGCAAAACGGCUGUGGUGGUAGGGACUAUAACGGAUGAUGUGCGUGUCCAGGAGGUGCCCAAACUGAAGGUGUGUGCUCUUCGAGUGAGCAGCCGCGCCCGGAGCCGCAUCCUCAAGGCCGGGGGCAAGAUCCUCACCUUCGACCAGUUGGCGCUGGACUCCCCUAAGGGCUGUGGCACUGUCCUCCUGUCUGGUCCUCGCAAGGGCCGAGAGGUGUACAGGCAUUUCGGCAAGGCCCCAGGAACCCCACAUAGCCACACCAAACCCUACGUACGCUCCAAGGGCCGGAAGUUCGAGCGCGCCAGAGGCCGACGGGCCAGCCGUGGCUACAAGAACUAACCCCAGAUCCUACCUUGUUAUUAAAAAGAUUUUGGUUGCU